UUGGUUUUUUCCUGGGUUACCAAACAGAGAGACCGUGAACAUGGAGACCUGAAGAGAACGGGGAGCUGGAGGAUGCACCCCUGGGCUGCCCAGAAAGUCCCUUCACUUGGGUUCAUGCCAUAACCGCACGGCUCCGGGGAACUGGAGCUCGGCAGAAGCUGAGUGUCAGCUCUGGGAGGUGGCGGCUGCUGUGAUGGAUGGCCAGGCAGAUGUCACUCGGGAGCGAUUUGGGUAGAGCUGGUCCUCCUCGGGAGGUGGGACGGACCUGGUGUCUUCUUGAGAGCCUGGUGUGGAUGAAGAGCGAGGUGGUCCUGGUGCCUUCUCACCACUGCGGAUGGGAUGUAACACCUGGAAAGAUAAAACAUCUGGAAAGGGCAGACUUGGGAGUGAAACGCUGGGAAAGUGCCAGUGACCUGUGCCUCCACCUCACCUCUGCACUGCCAUGGCCACGCUAGAGACGCUGCCCGUUCUUAGUGACCCAGCCUACCCCAGCCCGGAGAACUUCCACGGUUUUGCUCCCUGUCCAUCCCAAGCCACCUCCCAGAGCACCAUGGGGAGCGUGGGCAGCGGAGUGGCCAAUGACCAAGAGUUCGCCAUGAAGAGCGUGGGGACCCGGACGCAGAGCAGCGGCCGGCAGACGGAGGGGUCUCGCAAUGGGUACUCCACACGGGAGAUCUCCAACCGCUACUCCGGCGAGGAGAAGACGUACAGGUCUGAGAAGGUCUCCAACUCCCUCUACAUCAAUGGCGACCUGCGCAAGAGUGAGAAGGUGAAGAUGGACAUCUGUGGGAACGUGACCACCAACAAUGAGAAGAACAUGCCACCUCCUCCCCAAUACCGAGAGCCCAGUAACCCACCAAAGAUAUUGCCAAUCUCCGGCAAACUAGACCAGAGCAAUGAGCCCUUAGUUAGACCCUCAGCCUUUAAACCAGUAGUUCCUAAAAACUUCCAUUCCAUGCAGAACCUCUGCCCGCCGCAGAGCAACGGGGUGACAGAGAACAGAAAGAGCUUGAACCAUGCCAACAGCAAUAGCCCGUCCGCACCCAAGAGUGGACUCGACAAGAGCAGCCUUAACAGGACUACAAACCAAGUGGGGGGCCUUUCGGAUUCAGGCCGUAACUCGUUAACGAGCCUGCCCACGUACGGGACAGGCUACAGCCAGCACGUGGGUCCGAUGAGCGCCUCCACGAGCCACAUCAACCGCAUCGGUACAACCUACGUGGACAAGAACAUCGUGGGAUACAAUGGGAUAUCUACCUCAGACAGUGGGCGGUCUUCGAGCAAGAGCACCUCUUCGUUCAACAGACUGAACCAUCUCAAUGAAACAAUGCCUUUCCACUCGCCUUCAACGGACGACAUCAUCCAAGACCUGGAAGAUCGGCUGUGGGAGAAGGAGCAGGAGGUCCUCCAGAUGCGAAGGAACCUGGACAAAAGCGAGGCAGCCAUCUUCCAAGUGUUCGAGGAGAAGCAGAAGAUCUGGGAGAGGGAAAUGGAGGACCUGAGGCAAAACUAUGCUAACAAAUUGCAACAGGUCUCCAAAAAGGCACAACGGGCUCAGCAGGCCUUGCAGCUCCAAAUCUUCAAGCUCCAGCAAGAGAAAAAAAAACUCCAAGAUGAUAUGGGACAACUCCUCCAGCAACGAGAGGAGCUGGAGAAGAAAUUUGUGGCUUUCAAGAAGGAACAGGCUGAGUUUCUCCCAAAGAUUGAAGAGACCAAGUGGGAGGUGUGCCAGAAGGCGGGUGAGAUCUCCCUGCUCAAGCAGCAGCUGAAGGACUCCCAGGCAGACGUCUCCCAGAAGCUGAACGAGAUCGUGGGACUGCGGACACAGCUCAAGGAAGGUAAGAACUUCCUACGGGAGAAGGAGGAGCAGAUCCUCACCCUGAAGGACUCCUACAGUUCCAAGAGCGUCAACCUGGAGAUCUGUGAGAGCGAGCUGCAGCGGAAGAUGAGCGAGGUCCAGGUGCUGAGGGAAAAACUGAACCACUGUGAGCUGGAGGUCUCUGGCCUGAAGCGGACUCUUGCCAGCAUGGGACCUCCGGGGCCUUUUGGUGGGGACCUUGGUGAGAAGCUGCGGGACCCGCUGGCCUGCGAGAGCGAUGAAGCCAAGAUGCAGCGGCAGAGCGAGGACAGCGUCAACUCACUGCGGAAGGAGGUGGAGCGGCUCCAGACGGAGCUAAAGCUGGAGCGGCAGCAGCGGGAGCAGCAGGUGAUGGACUUCGAGGAGGAGCGGCGCACAUGGCAAGAAGAGAAGGAGAAAGUCAUCAAGUACCAGAAGCAACUGCAACUGAACUAUGUGGAGAUGUACCAGAAGAACCAGCUCCUGGAGCAUAAGGUAAACGAGAUGAACACGAAGGCCACCAGCCCCCCACACACCGAGGAGAAAAAACCAUGGACUCCCUCCAGACUCGAGCGAAUAGAGUCCACCGAGAUCUGAGGUGGGACCAAGACAAAACAACAUAAUUUUUUUAUUGCUGUGCAUGUACUACCUACUCAAGCCAGUGAUCUUCCGAUGGAUAAUACACUACCGUAGGAGCAGCGUGAAUCUGCUCUCACCAAGCUCCAUCACCCUUAUUCUAUACUUCUGUGCUCUGUAGGUAAAAUAACUGUGGAUGUGCGUUGUUUUUCUAUCGAUAAUGCGACAUUUCUUUUGGUUUUUUUUUCCUAGUACCACUUGUGAGGGUCAAUUGGCUCUUUUGUAAUCUGCCGUGACUGUUACUUCGCUAAAGGCUGCCAUCCCCUCUCCUACAAUUCACCCUUCGUUCGUUGGUUGGUUGGUUGGUUGGUUGGUUGGGUUGUGUUUGGUUUCUUUGGUUUUCCAAGCAUUUAUGUGCAGCAAAACAGUUCAAAGUGGCAGGUUUUUUUUCAGGGCAUUUUUUAGCCACAUUGGCUAAUGGAGCAAAGCUCUUGGGAUCAUGAGCAAACUCACUGCUCUGCAUCAAGUAUCCUGUCUAGACGGUGGUCUUAGUGAAGUCAGUGGGAGGUUGGCCACUGAUUUCAGUGAAACCAGACAUAUCUUUACCAGAUGACUCCCUCUUGCUAGCCCAUGGCUAUCAUUGUUGCAAGAGGUUAGGACAUCCUUGAGGAGCAGGAUGAGCCUGUUCUGGUAACAUAAGCCAACAAGGAAUAAUCACCCAGCAGGAACCACAUUGAAGGCUCAGCAGAGCUUGACAUAUGCUGCGUUUUCAUUUUGUUGUGGUUUCCUUCUGCAGUUCCACUUCUCUCCUGGGUUGUGACCAACGCUGGGAGCAGAAAUACCCUCCCACCUCUGCCUCGGUCGCCCUACUCUUACCAUAUACUCAAGGUGGCUACAGCAAGAAAAGACUUGGAAAUCCAAGAUAGUUUCCUUUCCCAAGAUCCCUCUUACUACCCAAAUUCAGUGGAAUCAAGGUUUGGGGAAGCCUCCAAACCCACGGGAUGUUUAUGCAAACUGAAGCUUUAGCAAUUUGCCCAACAGUGGGCAAUUGUGCUACCCCAUUCCCAAAUGAGUGGUGCUUCGGUGCACUCUCUAGGUCCAGGGUCUACUUUAAAAAUGGCAUCCGAGCCUCACUCAGGAGUUGCAGUGAGCACAUAUCAGCAUUACCGCCGGAUCGCAACAGGGCAAGUGCCAGCCUUCAGUACAGCUAUUUCAAACAGCACCCAUAGCGAUCCCACGUGGCAUCACAUAUUCCAGAUAUAACACAGGCCCAGCUUAAGUAAAUAUUUACCUACUAACUGUGAGCAUGAAAGCAGUCAUAAGAAGUGAAAAUGCUUAAGAUCACGCAAGUGCUUAUGCCCUGGCAGAAUAAUAACCAAAUCCUAUAUGCACAGUCACUGAGAAUGGUGCAGGCAUCAAAAACCAGCAUUCAGCUUUAAAAGGUGGGCAAAAUGGGUCUGGCUCUCCCUUUCUCGGACACUUUUUUUACCAUGAUCCACAGCAAAGAGUAAAAAAUGUUGCAAAGUGGGAUUUGCACUGACUGGGCAGUGGCCAAAGGAUCAGCGCAAGUGGGAAUUUUGGCUCUUUGCCCCAGGGAGCAGGUAGAAGAACAAAGCUAGAAUUAACACUGAGACAUCCUGGGAUGUCUAUGUGAGGUGACUCCAGGGAGUUUCGCCAGAUUGCAUUUCAUCUGCAUACCAAGGACAAACCUCAGGGCGUUGAGGGACUGAAGACUUUCCAAGCAAAAGCCCUGAAGCUACUAAUUUUCCAUGUUACCUUCCCUGAAAGCUCCUGCCUCGCCAUCACCAGGUCUGACCUUCAAGUUGGGACCAAACCUUGUUGUGGUGAGCUCCAGACUGAGCAAAGAGGCUGAGCAGGAGAGAGGAGACUGCAGUUAGUCCCACCAACCUCCAGCCAAGGUCAACAGACAGUAUUACUGGGCAGGAACUGUUGGUGGCUGGCAGCGAUCCCUGGAGCUGGCAAAAAUGGAGAUGUGUGAUGAGACCAGGGCAUUUCAAGAUCCCAGUUGAUGGUACCUGUCUUUUCCCAUGGCUUCUGCCUUUGGAGCUGGAGGAAGACACAACCCAUCAGUCUGGAAAAUGCCAGGGCAGCUCAAGCUAAACUACUUUUACCAGACCAGCCAUGGAAAGGGGGACUAGCUCAGGUGUGACCCCUGAAGGGUGUAGAGGUGAGUGCCACUAUGAAUCCUGCAGACUCCAGCGCUUUUGGAUAUCAGCCCACACAGCCCACUGAGGAAGGAGUGUAGCUGCCUGCUGGUGCCACCCAGCAGCAGACUUUGCCGUGCCAAGGGAGACACCCACAUGCACUGCGCAAACUGACACUUGGCCAGGCAAAUCCUAGAACUUCCUCCAUUUCAUACAUUGGGCCUUCAAGAUGGAGUCAAACAUCCCACAGUGUCGGGGUUGGAGAGCUGGCAUCUUGUCAUCUUGGCUUUCUCUGCCUCUCUUUCCACAUCAGAUGAAUCCAGGCUGCCUUCCUUCCCAAAGCAGUUGUGAGGCAUCUGCGCUUGUGAAGGACGUUGAAAUCCUUGGGCAAAAGGGAAAAGCAUAGAGAUAUUGCAAGAGGCUGCCUCAGAUGGUCAUACGGUGGUUUUGAGGCCACCACAUGAACAACAAACACAACAGCAAGUGUCCUCACCACAAGAUGAGUCCAGUAACCUGGAGGGUUAUUUCCACCUUUUCUUCUCCUGGCUCCACUGAUGUUGAGGUUGGUUUCUCACUAACCAUUGCAGGAAUCAGUGUUUCAGUUGGUAGCUCAAGAACACCCAGAGUGAUGGAGCUGCAAGGAUCUGCUGUUGAGGAGGUGUACACCGCAAUUCCCCGCUGCGCUAACACCCAAGUGGAAUGGACACCGGCAUCACCCUGUGGGACACCUUCUCACCAGAACUCUUUGCUAACCCAUGGGCAAGAGAAGCAGGGGCUUGUCUGGCCUCCCCACGUACCUGGAUCCAGUCAGCAGCAGCCAGCCAAGCCCUCCAGCAUGCCAGGUUUACUCCAUCAUCUUUUUCCUAGAUCUUUUUUGCAGUGGUGGCAGGAAUUAGUGUGUCUUGAUGGACCCAGUGAAACCUGGAGGCAUACGGGUUUGUCUGUCUGCUGGAGGGUGCUGGACUGCCCAGGGACUCAAUGGCCUCACAGUGCAUCCAUGAGGGACUGCAGAGCUCCUUGGGAUGGAGCAGGAGUGGCAAGGAGUGAUUUUUCACCUUGGAGGAGGAAAGGUAGACUCCCUUUCACCUUCUUCUUCACUGCAUCACUUUGAUCCAGAUCCAAGCAACCUCGAUUGCAGCCAUUCCCUGGAUGACAGAGAGCCUUGCAGACACCCAUUAAGAUGCUGUGGUGGUUUUCCCUCUCUUGAGGUUCGCCCAGCAACCCCCAAGCACUCAGCUGUCCUGCAGAAACCACCCCCCUAUGCUACAGUGACAUAAAAUAGAGGUGGUUUUGGCCAGUGCCCCAGCUGAACUGCCAUGGAAGAUUCCUGCUCUUCAGGAAUCUUCCCCACAACUGGAUGCACUGCUUCCCGCCAUGUCCUCUCCCAUGUACUAGCACUGUGCGGCCACAUGCUGGUAACCAGUCUCCCUCUGAGGUGACUACCCUUUGCUCAGCAAAGAUGGAGCAAAAUGAUGGAGGGACACCUGGGUUCCUGUUGUUUGUGCUCAGAUCCAGCCCAGAUGGGAGCUUGCCUAGCUUUUUCCAGACCUUAACAUUUUUACCUGCUGACUGGAUGAAGUCUCCCAUCACAAGCUUGGUCUGCGUUGAGGCCCUGGGGUCUUAGCCUUGGGGCAAGAUAGCCAAGGGGUGCCAGACUGGCAUUUUGAUGACAAACCCUGGGAAUGGCCAAGGAGGUUGACAUCUUGUCUUUUGGAGGCUCAGGCAGGGCUGAUAAAAUGUUUCUGUCCCAUGAAACUCCCCUCAGAGUUUGGGCUUGACCAUAAGCCAGCUGUCUCCUCUACCUUUGCCGAGCCAGCUCUGGAGUUGAUGGGACUCAGUGUGACGUACUGGCUCACGUGUAAUUCUCCCAGUACUGCCCUCAAAAUCUUGCACAUGGUCAGUGUCUCCACUGAAACAACAAGUCAUCUCUAACUUGCCACUGGCCAACAGCAAAAGCUGUGGUACCAAGGGUCUCAGAUCAGUUGCCCACACUAGGGGACCAGGGACAUUAGAGAUGCUCUGGUUUACCUGACACAUGGGGCUGGCCAAUACGAUCCAAGACCUAUGGGAGAGCCAGGCCAGUGGUGGGAAGACCUGAAGCAUCUCUAGUGGCACAUCACCCAUGUGCAGGCAACCGAGUCAUGCUCCAGGCAUGUCCACACGGUUGUUAUAUGAGCAAGCAGAGCAGAUUGAUCAGCUCCAGCAAUUUCUAUCCAUGAGGAUUCGGGCUAAGCAGGCUAUCCUGCCCCCAGGGAAGGUCUAAGCAGUCCCUCUUACCACUUGCUGUGAGAGGGGUUGCUUUGCUCCACUGUAAUUUCAGGGUUGGUUGCUGUCGCUGUAAGAUGACGACCCGGCUGGGCUGGUUCCCCUCGCGCAGGCAGCACUCCUGUCUCACUCUCGGUGUGAAUGCCGCAACCACCGCGCGUUGUUGUACUUCACACAGUCCCACUUAGCUUCUGCUACUGCCUCGUGGCAGCCGGCUACACCAUUCCUGCUGUCGCUGGCGUCAUGCCGGAGCAAGAUCACCUCCGGGUUUCCGCACUUAAAAUAGGAAUCAAAUUGUUGCUCUUAUGCUGCUACGUUAUACGGAGACAAGUGUACUUGGAUGUAAAUAACAGCCCAGCUCUGUAUAUACAAUGAUUAAAUGAAGAGACAAGAAAGCUCUGUGGCUUCUAUAUUGGUGAGCGGGACCGACAGUAGCAGCAGAUGCUGCAUUUGAGCGCUGAGCGCUACACGAGGGUGCUCAGCAACCCCUGAGCUUUUGCUGGCCGCAGUGGAAAUGGAAGGGAGGGGGUGUCUCAGCACCUCCUAUGAAGGCAAUCCACUUGGGAUUGGCUUUGACUGAGCAGCCUGGUGUCACUCUGCCCUGCUUUGAUGCUUGCUGUCAUCCCGAGCCAGGAUUUGCAAUUGCCCCUGGUUAAGGCUGAAGUCCUCUCUGCCCAUCCUCAUGACGCAUCGAAAUCCCCCACAGGCAGUGGCUCCAGUGGUGUCCCCUUGAGCCCUUGCUGCCUGUGAGCUCUGCCCAUGGAAAGGACAAACCCACCCCACUCCUGCCCCUUGCAGUGGCACUUUAUAGCUUGCUCAAGACAGCGAGCUCACAAGCAACAUGACCAAAGAUGUCUGGAGGGCACUGGACUGCAUGCUUGGAGCUGCCUCCUGGCUUUCCUGGGGAGGGAUGACGUUGGUGUGGGCUGCGAAGGGGGACCGAGAGCUGGCAGGGGACAGGAAAGGGCUUAGGUUUCCCUGUGUCCCACUUGGGAACAUCUGCAGGGCCAUGAGGGGCCUUUCCUGUGCUAGACAGGACAGGGCAGAAAGGAGUUCCUGGGUGAGCUGAUUGUCCUCAAUUGGUUAUACCAGUAUCCUCCACGGUCGUGGCAACAAGCUCCAUGCAUUCCCCAGGGAGAACAUGGACCAGGGGCUUUUCCCAGCAGGCAGAAUGGAUGGAUGCAACUCCCCUUCUGUCUCGAGGAGAAGAGAGGAUGCAUGCCAAACCAUCACACCUGUCUUCAGGGCCACGGGUCUCCUCUACUUUAGCAGUAGACAUUGUUAUAGGGUCCAGUUGAAGGCUCGUUCUGGCUCAGCGUGAAUUGGCCAGGAAAAUGUGUAUCAUGAGAGAUGGUGGUCCUGCUGGCUGCCUCCUUGGUGUCCUCUCCCCAGCUCACCCCAGAACCCUCCUUACCAGGGAACCAUCUUCUGAGGUGAAGGCACCAUGGUCUUCGCUUCUCCUGCUUGGGGUGCUGAUGGCAUUUCUACCCACCUUAGCUCCAUGAAGGCUCCUGAAUCUGGUCCCAGCCUUGGCAAGUGGAGCGUAGGCCAGCGGGAGAUCUGUCUUCCUCUGCCCACAGGGUUCCUGUGGAUGGGUGCUUGGGUGGGUCUGGGCCUCAGGCACGUGCUUCUUCACUGUGCCUCUGCUCCACGGCCGUGCUGAGCCUUCUCUUCUCCAUUCCCAACCAAGACCAUGAAAUCCUGCUGAUGGGCAGUGACACCUCCCACUUCUGUGCUGGAUGGAGCAGGUCCAGCUUGCUGUUAUUCUAACCCGACACUUCAGCCUAAGCCUUGAAGGCCACUUUACAGAGUAACUUUUCAUCAAGACCCCUUGCUAAAGAUCCACUCAUCAUGUUGCCUGUGCCCUGCUACGCCUCUGCCCCGGCCCUCCAGACUCUCCUGCCUCCUUUUAGAUCAUCACCAUCCCCAUCGUGCCAGGAGCAGUCAGUGCCUCUCCCAGUACUCUCCCAGAUACAUCUGAACAAGUUGGAGCUGAAGCCCAAAGUCCCCACCCAGAGUGGCAUGUCCCAGCCCUUUCUUGACUACUGAUCCUUACCUCUUCUCUCCACCAUUCCCAUGUCAGGUAGAUCAGCCCUGCUUUACCUCCAAGACCAAUCUUGCUUCUUGCUGAAGGACAUCCCCUCCGCUUGCAAUCACUUGACAUCACUUCAUGGGGCUUCACACCAUUGCAACGCCACACCCAGCCAGCUCCAGGUCUUUCCCGGUCCUUCCACUCUCUGGAAAGACAGAGGUGUGAGGGGUGUAUGAGUGCCCCGGUCUGUAGUGGCACACACACGCAUGCCACCUGGUCCCCAGUGUAGCAAGGGGUUGGGAUCGCACCUAGCUGUUUGCAGAUGUUGGCUUCCCAAUAAGAUGUUCCAUGAUGGCAGCGCAACUGCCGGCAACACCAGAAAUGAGCCUCUGCAUUUCCAGGAUAAGCCUCCUCCCUGGUUCUCCCUAUUGAGGAGAUCAUAUUAGAUCUGGAGCCUGGGACAACCUCUGACACGCAGGGUUGUGUUUUCACGGCUCUUUUACAGAUCUGUUUUCUCAGACAGAAAGCCUCUGCUUUCUGUCACAAAGCAAUAGGUUUUUCUAGAGAGAUUUAAAUGGGACUAUUCCCAACUCUGAUACCUGCAGGCAAGCCAAUGUUCUCUUGAAUACCUUUGUAGCUCCAGCCCUGGGCUCUCCUCCUUCAGAAAGGGAUGCGAGGUCCAGUCUGGCUCCAAAUAAUCACCAAUGGUUUGAGCUUGGUGGUCCCCAUUCAUCCGGAGAGCCCAAAGCUGCCCAUACCCAGCAGGCCACCAGUCUGGGUCCCCAGGAGGUGUGGUACAACCCCCUCUGGUGCCCAUCCCGUGACUGCUACUGGGGCCCUGCAGCAGGUCUUCUCCAUUAGCUCACCCACCUGGGAGCUGCCGGGUCCCCCGGGGCAUCUGAGCUCAGAGUCACGUUUAGUGACAGCCAGGCACCGGUGGGAGGCCACGACACUGGCUCUGCCAUUCCUGAGAGCCAGGCUGUCCCAGGAGCCCUCUCGGAGAAGAACAUCCCCUUUCCCCCAUGGGCGGCACUUGGGUUCCCUUCCAGUGGCCGAAGGGAGUAAAAUGUGUGCGGGUAGAGCUCCACCACCGGUGCAAAACUGCCCCGUCACCGGUGCAAAAAAAUGCUGCACAACUGGCCAAUGUGUCUAUGCAGUCCCUUUCCACGCAGCGGCAUCCCCACAGAGCCCAGCCCAGGGCUCGAGCUCCACCAAGGUGUCUUUGUUUGCACUCACUUGGACCUGGUAAACGCUGUGAGCCAAGAGGAAUCCCUCUUGGUCUUUGCCCUGCACCGGGCAGUACGCUUGUGAGGGUUUCCUCAUCCUAAAACGAUGCAUGUUGCUUAGUUUCCUGUCUUCUGCAUCUGUUCUCCAGCAGAUCAAUAGGUGUCCCCCCAAAACCCAGCUCCCCGAUGGGAGAACGUCAGGUUGGGCCAGCCGGCACCCCCGAGCAAGCCUGCUGUCUGAUUUCACCAGCAAUAAAAGCCCCGCGGAGGAGCGGCCGGAGCUCUCCGCUGCCGCUCCACCGCCGGGUGAGCUGCAGGCUGUGUCUGUGUGUAGGACCUCUGCAUUAGACCCUUCGUCCAACGUUUUGGACCUACCCGACUGUAAAUUCAAUCCCAGCCUUGUGCUUUCUUUCCUCUUGUUCGUUUCUUGACGGCUUGGUCUCUCUCUGCUCUUACUGUGAAUUCAAACCAGAAGUGUUCUGAACUCGACUCCGUUACUGUUUUGUUUCUGCGUUGACUGUUGCUGGUUCUCCGAACUGUGUUUAACGAGACUUUGCAAAAAAAAAAAAAAAUUAAAAAAUUAUAUAUAUAUAUCUAUAUAUACUUAAAAAAUAAAAUAUUUAUAAAAGAACUCCAUGAAGUUGAGUGUCUCUCCUGUCCACCGGUCACUUCCAAACACUGUUGUCUUGACUUUGCCUCUGGUCGGUGUAUUUAAAGACAAGAGGCUGAAAAAGAAAGAGAUAAAACGCAGCAUUCUGGGAUUUUUGUACAGCAAAGAUGUAUCUGUUUCGGAAAUUCUUGUUAAAACUAUACCGCACUUCCCAACCUACUGCUAGUCUGUUGUAUGUUUCCAUUGGGUUAUCAAGGUGUGAAGAGCUACUGCCUUUGCGAUUUUCUACAGUGAAUAUAUAUAUACCUGUACAGAGAUAUGUAUAUAUAUAAAUAUAUAUGAAGUUCUAUAUGUAUACGUAUCUCUCACUCUCCUAUCUCUACCCAACUGUGAAAGAUUUUUAUUGGGCAAAAUAAAAUGGAGAAAGGCCCCGUUUUGAAAACCCGAC